CCGGACGGAGUCGGUGGCGCCGGAACCGGUGACUCCUCCUCCACCGGCGAAGUACGCGACUCAGAUGGAGAAGUUCGACGAUGCAGGAUCCUCCGCAGGAAGCUACCGGACGGGCGAGAUCUCGGACCUGAGAAUGGUUGUGAGACACAAAGAUUUGAAGGAAAUUGUCGAAGCCCUCAAAGAAAACUUCGAGAAGGCGGCUGCAGCAGGAGAUUCAGUCUCGGAGAUGCUGGAGAUUGGAAAAGCGCAGUUGGACAAGAGUUUCCGACAGCUGAAAAAGACGGUGUACCAUUCGAGCAGCGUGUUGAGCACCUUGAGCUCGACCUGGACCUCGAAGCCGCCAUUGUCGGUCAAGUACCGGCUCGACACCGGUUCCCUCGACCAACCGGGCGGUUCAAAGAGCCUCUGUUCCACACUGGACCGGCUUCUCGCUUGGGAGAAGAAGCUCUACGAGGAGGUCAAGGCCAGAGAAGGUGUGAAGAUUGAACAUGAAAAGAAGUUGUCAUCAUUGCAGAGUCAGGAGUACAAGGGUGAGGAUGAAAGUAAACUAGAUAAGACAAAGGCUGCUAUAACGAGACUGCAGUCGCUAAUUAUUGUCACAUCUCAAGCUGUCACUACAACAUCUACUGCCAUAAUUGGUCUAAGAGAUUCAGAUCUUAUUCCUCAGCUUGUUGAACUUUGCCAUGGGUUUAUGUACAUGUGGAGAUCAAUGCACCAAUUCCAUGACAUUCAGAACAACAUUGUGCAGCAGGUUCGAGGCCUUGUUAACCAAACAUCUCAUGGUGACUCAACUUCUGAAUUGCACCGCCAGGCAACUCGUGAUCUUGAAUCCACCGUCUCGGCUUGGCACUCCAGUUUCUGUCGCUUGAUUAAGUUCCACCGUGACUUUAUCCGGUCCCUCCAUGGUUGGCUCAAACUCUCCUUUCUUCCAGUCAACAAUGACAACUUGCCUGACAACAAGGAACCUUCUGAGAUAUUUUGUGAUCAGUGGAAGCUUGCUCUGGAUCGUGUCCCUGACACGGUUGCUUCGGAGGCAAUCAAAAGCUUCAUCAAUGUUGUCCAUGUGAUAUCUGCAAAACAAACUGAAGAACUGAAGGUCAAAAAACGCACUGAAUCAGCAUCCAAGGAGUUCGAGAAAAAAGCUGCAUCCAUCAUGAACUUAGAGAAGAAGUUUUACAACUCUUACUCCAUGGUUGGCAUUGGACUUCCUGACACUGGGCCCGACAACGGGCAUAUUUUAGAUGCUCGGGACCCUCUAGCUGAGAAGAAAAUCGAGCUCAUCACCUUCCAAAGACGAGUCGAAGAAGAGAAGAUAAAGCAUUCCAAAGCAGUAGAAGUGACAAGAGCAAUGACACUAAACAACCUCCAAACUGGGUUGCCUGGGGUAUUCCAGGCCUUGACCAGCUUCUCGGCCUUGUUCAUGGAGGCGCUCGAGUCGGUUUGUACUCACUCUUAUUCUAUCAAAUAGACACACUAUUUUCCCAUUCU